AUGAAAAUGAUGUGGGCAACUUAUCUGCUUUUCUUUUUGAUUAGUUUUAGUUUAUUAAAUCGCAUUGAUGGUGAAGAAAUAUGUGAUAAUAGUUUACCAUAUGGAAAAUGUUCAUUAAAUACUGGAUGUGGUUGUCUUUCUCUCAGUUAUAAUAAUAAUAUUUCUGUUUGUGCAUAUUUAUAUAUCAGUUGUUCUGAAUUAUCAUCAUGUGCUCAAGAUAAUAAAACAUGUUAUCAACCAGGAUAUAUUUGUGUGAAUCACCCUCGAUGCCAAUACCGUCCAUUAUGCUAUCCUAUGAAAAUGGCAACUCAUGCAAUAUGUCCAUUAAUACCUGCAACAAGUGUAUCUCCAAUACCCGACGAUGGUAUUUGUGCAAAUGCAACAUGGAAUACAAAUGGUACAACAGUGGCUGGAGGAAAUAAAGCUGGAUCUGAAUUAAAUCAACUUCAAUAUCCAUUUGGAAUAGUUUUAGAUGAUGAUUCAAAUCUUUAUAUUGCAGAUUCAUUUAAUCACCGAAUUAUUAAAUGGCAUUAUGGAUCUUCAGUUGGUAAAAUAGUAGCUGGUGGAAAUGAUUUAGGUAAUCGAAGUGAUCAAUUUCGUUAUCCCAAUAGUUUAACGAUUGCUAAAAAUGGUACCAUGUUUAUCUGUGAUAAUGGUAACCAUCGUUUACAAAAAUGGGAAAAAAAUGCUCGAGAGGGAGAAACAAUUAUAUCUAAUAUAACAUGUACUGGAAUAUACAUUGAUAAUCAAGAUUCACUAUACUAUUCUGACGUAGGUGGCCAUAAAAUAGUAAAAUGGCCCGAAAAUGAAAUUAUUGCAGGUGGAAAUAGUGAAGGAAGCCAAUUAAAUCAAUUAUCAUAUCCAAAUCAUUUCUUUAUUAAGAAUAAUAAAUCGAUAUUUAUAGCAGAUGGAGGAAAUAAUCGAAUUGUAGAAUGGAUUAUUGGUGAUAAACAAGGUAUUAUUAGAGCUGGUGGAAAUGGUCCAGGACAUAAUCUUGAUCAAUUUUAUCAACCAAUGUCAGUGAUUAUUGAUCAAUCAGAUAAUCUCUAUGUAGUUGAUUAUGAUAAUAAUAGAAUUAUGCGAUGGUUGAAAAAUAGUAAAUCAGGUAUUGUUUUGAUUGGAGAAGGAGAGGAAGAUGGUCAUGGAAAAGAUCAAUUAAUGAGACCAACUCAAGCAUUAUUUGAUAAAAACGGAAAUUUAUGGAUUUGUGAUGAGAUGGACCAUAGAAUUCAAAUGUUUACAAUUGAUAAAAGUGCUUGUAAAAAAUAG